AUGGAAGAACUUAAGAGGUCACGGAUUUCCUCUCUGUCAAAUUUGACAAAGAAAAUAAACAAACUAGUCGAAAUACAAGAUGCCGAUGACGUCGAGGAGAUAAGAAAGGCAAUUCACGAGAUGAGAGAUCGCCUUAAGGCUUAUCAGAUAACGCAUGGAGAAUAUCACGAACAAUUGAAGGACGAUCACGAUAUCGAAAUGUCACGAACACAAUAUCGUAUGACUUUAGAAAAGGUUGAAAGAGCCGAAAGACAAGCGCUUACCUCUCUGAAAAAUUUAGAGAAGACACCAUCAGUCGCUAGUUCUUCAAGGACGUCGUCCACUUGCUCUUCCCGCAGCGUGUCAAGCUUUAAAGCACAAGCUGCGGCAAAGAAACGGUCUUUAGAAGUGAAAGCAAAGGCGAUGCGUGGAAUGCAAGAGAUUGAACUCGAGCAACUGAAACUACGCCAAAGAAAGGAAGAGUUGGAACUCGCCUCGGACAUUGAGGCAGCAGAGGCUGAGCGCAAAGCUUAUGAAGACGCAGAAACCGAGGGUUUGAAUUCGACAGAACAACCCUUUUGUCCAACGCCACUUGGAAGGCGCGUGACGCCAUCUCACGUCACACAGUCCAAUCAAACCCAUUCGACUGCUAUCACGCAGUCCAUGCCAAUUUCUUCGAUUGCUGUCACGCAGUCCAUGCCACUUUCUUCAACUGCUGUCACGCAGUUCAAGCCAAUCCCAUCGACUGCUGUCACGCAGUCCAAGCAGAUCUUACCGACUGCUGUCAUGCAGUCCAAGCCAAUCUCAUCGACUGCUCUCACGCAGUCUAAGCCAAUCUCAUCGACUGUUGUCACGCAGUCCAAGCCAAUCUCUUCAACUGCUGUCAAGCAGUAUAAGCCAAUCUCAUCGACUGCUGUCACGCAGUCUAAGCCAAUCUCAUCAACUGCUGUCACGCAGUCCAAGCCAAUCUCUUCAACUGCUGUCACGCAGUAUAAGCCAAUCUCAUCGACUGCUGUCACGCAGUCCAAGCCAAUCUCUUCAACUGCUGUCAAGCAGCAUAAGCCAAUCCCUACGACUGUUGCCACGCAAAACAAACCAAGUUUCUCGACCGCUACCAUAAAGUCGACGUCUUCGACUGCUUCCACGCAGUACAAUACAAUAUCGUCGGCCGCUGCCAUGCAGUGCGCACCAACCCUUUCGACUGCUGCCAUGCAGCACAAACCUUCCUCUGUGUAUCCGUCUGCAGUCACACCACCUAACAACAACCUGCAACAAUCGGAAUUGUACGCCGAUGUCGUGACGCAUCUACCGGUCGAUCCAGCUAUCGGUAUGCCGAUAUACGUUACGCCUCCAAGAGUCCAAUGA